AUGCAUAAAGACAAAGCUGGCUCGAAUAAAGCAGAUAGGGCAGAAGAAUCAGCUUUGAAAUCAAACCAAAAGAGAGCUAAUCUUGGCGAUGUUAAUUUAAACAAAAUAUCAUCCAUGGCCCAAUCUAAGUUAGCAAAAGUUUUAUCUGUAGUCCAAGGAUCUAAAUCGACCAAAGAUAAAGACAAGCAGAAAGAUAUGUCCAGAGAUCUUAGAAAGCUUGUCAUAUUUGACGAGCUUUCUAAUAAAAAACUUGCAGAGAUUGCUCUAGAAGAAGAAAAAGAAGCUGCUACGGCAAAAAAUAAAAAAAGAAACUUAAAAGCUGAUGUCACUGAUGAAGAAAUUAUCGAAGAUGAUGAUGACUAUAAUAAUUUUACAGAAUUUGAUUCAAUUAUUAGCAAUAAUCCAUUACCAAAGGAUUAA